AUGGAGAAGAACAACGGCACUAGAGUGACUGAAUUCCUUCUCCUGGGAUUCGCUGGUCAGCACAAGUCUUGGCACGUCCUCUUCACAGUAUUUCUGGUGAUCUAUGCGGCCACCCUGGUGGGUAACAUUGGCAUGAUCCUCCUCAUCAAGACUGACUCUUCCCUUCACACCCCCAUGUACUUCUUCCUCCAAAACUUGGCUUUUGUCGAUCUUUGUUAUGCCUCUGCUAUCACGCCCAAAAUGUUGCAGAAUUUUGUGGGCACAAAACAAUCCAUCUCAUUCGUGGGAUGUUUGGUGCAGUUACUGGUCUAUGGGGCUUUUAUAACAAGCGACAGCUACAUCCUGGCGGCGAUGGCAGUGGACCGUUACGUGGCCAUCUGCGACCCUCUCCACUACCCAGCACUCAUGUCCCGGAGGGUCUGCAUUCAACUCUUGAUUGGUUCAUACUUCAUGGGUUUCCUAAAUGCCUCUGUAAAUGUAGGUUUUACUUUCUCACUGGACUUUUGCAAAUCCAAUAAAAUUAACCACUUUUUCUGUGAUGAGCCCCCAAUUCUGGCCCUCUCAUGCUCCGACAUUUAUUUCAACAUCAUGGUGCUAGCAGCCUUUGUGGGGUUUAACUUGACAUUCACCGUGUCCGUCGUCAUCUUUUCCUACAUGUUUAUCCUGGCUGCCAUCCUGAAGAUCGCUUCUGCUGCAGGGUGGAAGAAAGCCUUCUCCACCUGUGCCUCCUACCUGGCCGCUGUCACCAUCUUCUGUGGGACGCUCUCUUACAUGUAUCUGCACCAUCGCACCGCAGAGUCUCAAGAGCAAGAAAAAAUGGCUUCUGUGUUUUAUGGGGUUGUGAUCCCCAUGUUAAACCCCCUCAUCUACAGCCUGAGGAACCAAGACGUGAGAGAAGCCCUAAAAGGGAUAGGAAAAAAAUACUUCGGGUGUAAUCCUUGA